CUGAUCCUGGGAGAUUGUGAAAUGACAGGAGGUGGCAGUCGGCCCGCCUGCCUGGUGUGCUGAGCCCUCUACCCGCAAGGGUUCAGCCCCGCCCCUACCCCCACGCCCCCCAGGAACCCAGUUAAAUCUUCCUGGCGGCGCCUCAUUCCCGCACCCCGCCCUGGCGAGCACCAUGCCUGCCUGCCGCCUCGGUCCGCUCCUCGCCGCCCUCCUCCUUGGCCUGCUUCUGGGCCUCCCCCCGGUCACAGGCGCAGGCACAGAGAAGCCGGGUGUGUGUCCCGAGCUGCAGGGUGAGGCGAACUGCACGAAGGCGUGCGUCUCGGAUGAGGACUGUAAUGACAACCUUAAGUGCUGCCAGGCCGGCUGCGCCACCGUCUGCCAGAUGCCUAAUGAGAAGAAGGGCUCAUGCCCUAAGGUGGACAUCGCCUUCCCCCAGCUCGGCCUCUGCCGGGACCAGUGCCAGGUGGACAGCCAGUGUUCUGACCUGUUGAAAUGCUGCCUCAAUGGUUGCGGGAAAGUGUCCUGUGUCACCCCUGUCUUCUGAGCUCCAGCCACCGCAGCCUGUGGACUGAGGGAGCAGCAGUCCUGCCUGGCCCUGUCUGGCUCCAGCCCAGCUGCCCUCCUCCCUUCCUGACCUCUUCCCUCCCUCCUGAGCUGACCACAGCUGCUUCUUUUUCCAACCAAUAAAGUGACUGCUUCCAGCA